AUGACCCAACCCCAAGUUCCUCAAGCCUCCGUCCCCGUCCUCGCUGGCCCCUUCUUGGGGAAGCCAGUCGAAAUCUGCAUCGUAACCGCCAAUCUCCGCUCCACACUACGCGGCCUAGUGCAACUCGGCCUCCCCCCCUUCAAAAUCUUCCACUUCACCCCCACCACCGUCUCCCACCAAACCUUCCGGGGCAAACCCUCCCCCUUCUCCCUCGACGUCGCGUUCGCAGAACAAGGGGGCAUGGUCUGGGAGGUGAUGCAGCCGGUCGCGGGGGAGACGUUGAUGGGGGAGUUUUUGACGCAGACGGGCGGGAGGGGUGGGAUUCAGCAUGUGGCAUUUGAUUGUGCGGGAGGGAAGGGGUUGGUGGGGGAGGGGGCGAGGGAGGAGGCGAGGAGGCGGAGGGGGGAGUUUGAGGGGAGGGGGUUUCCGCUCGUUCAGAGUGGGAUAUGGCAUGGGAAGAAGGGGACGUGUGAGUUUAUGUUUUUCGAUACGAUGGGGGCGAUUGGGACGUGUUUUGAGACGUAUGUUUUUAGUGAGGAUUGGGAGGAGCCGGAGGAUGUGGAGAUUUAUCCGCCUCCUUCUGAGCAGGAGUGA